AAAAUAACGAUUACUUUGGAGUCACUGAUGUUUGAUUUGUUUUAUUACAUGAAUGCUGAAGAUUUCCAGUUUGUUGCUCAUGUCAAAAUGCUUCAACAACAGAUUAGAUAAGAAUGGUAAAUCCAAUGGGGAAUUGUGGGCUCCACUAUUACUUUAUGAAGAUAAAUUUAAAUCUAACAGCUCUACAUCUCAUCUGCCCUCAAUGUGCAUAAUAACAUAGAAUAUUUACUAAGGUUUCAGUGGUCCUGGAGAUACAGAAAAAUAAGAUGGCUUGGUAGAGGAGGCAAGAUAAGCUUUCCAAGUGACAGGACAUGUCAACAAAAAUGCCAAGAUCUGCUGUCUCAAGUGCCCUUUCACAGCCUGCUGAAAAGAAAGAAGAAACUGACGAUGCCUUUGUAGCUAGUGUGACAGCACAGAGGAUUGCAAACACCUUCCUGGAGAGGUAUAAUCGAAGUGAAUUACAGGAACUGCUUGCCCUGUCAUCCUGCAGCUGGUUACUUCCUAGUGAAGAGUUUCAUUUUCCUGUUGAGCUCCCAAAAGGUAUAAUAGGCCAGUUACAGAAUUUCAGCUAUUCCAAUCUAAUAAUUCUAGCACCUGUGGAGACUCAGAUCACCCUGGACUAUAAAGAAGUUCACCAAAUUGUCAGGGAUUUGGUGACUGGAAUAUACUGCAUGAAUCAGAUCCCAUCCAUUAGACUGGAUGCAAAUUAUGAUAAUAGUACUUUAUGUCAGCUUCCACCGGCAUACUAUGACACACGAGUUGGACAGAUACUAAUAAGUGUGGACUACAUGAUGAAAGCCCUGUGGCAUGGGUCAUUUAUAGCAAAAGAAAAACGAGCCAGAAUUUUAGAACUUUGGCGUUCCAGCAUAGAAAUAGAUGCCAAUGGAGUUCCACAGAUGAAAAAGAAGUAUUUUGCAGAGUUUCUUGCAGCAGGACUCACUGAUAUUUCAGAAGACUCAGAUUUUGACGGGAUAUAUAGCAUAGAUCUCAAUACUGACCCAACAUAUGAACCAAACAGCCCAGAAGAAAAAAGGCUGUUUAUGGAAUAUUCAGAAGACAUCUUGCUGAAACUAACCUGUUACACCACGCAGGUCAAACAGCAUAACAACCUGUUCAUGUAUGAUGCAACAUAUAACCUGACCAAUGCCCUGAGGACAGCUGGUAAAGAACAGCUGGAUGAAACAACUUAUCAGAGGCUUCAAAAGAGGAUCAUCCUCCAGCAAAUGGUUGUGGGGAAGUACUUAGAAAAAAAAAUGGAGAUCAGAAAGAAUCUUGCCUAUUUGAAAUUUAUUAGCUUCCUCACUCCUCUGCUUAUUGCACUAAAGAAGAAAAUGAAAAUACCAGAUAUUAUGCACCUUCUUCCACCUUAUUCAGAUGGCAAACUGAAGACUGAACGUGAGUUGCCCCCACUGUCAAGUGGACCAGGCUUUAAAUGUCAGCAUUUCCCAUAUGAACAGAAUGAAUUCUUUCACCUACAUGGUGGAAUUGAAUUAGAUAUUGGAACUCCUUCAGUUGAGGAUGUUACAGAUGAAAUUAAGGCUGCCUUUGGUGAUAUACAGUGUUUUGCAGCAAGUCACCUGAGCCAACUUCUUGAUCCAGAAGCAACAUACAGACAGAGCUUUCCAUUACCAAUCAUGAACUUUGAUGGAAAGAGUUAUUACGUGAUCUCUAUAGAACUUGAGACCUUCUACCAACAAUUUAAUAGGACCCAGUGGUGGACUGCCAUGAGUGAUGUGAUGAGGACUCAUAAGUCUAAAAGGCUUCCAGUAAAUGAUAUACAAAUGCAUGAGCUUUUCAAGAAAAGAUAUGGCAAUAAAAAGGCUAUUAAAUGUAAGAGUUUGCCACAUGGCCUUAAACUGGCUGCUGAGAGAGGACUUGCAGCUAUAUUUUAUACAUAUUGCCGUAAGAAUUUGCCUUCAUGCCUGAGUUUCCUUGAUGAAGCUGGUUACACACUUGUCCACCUUGCUGCUAUAUACAACAGUGUACCUGUUAUCUGCCAGCUAGCGAUGGCAGGCUUUAAUCUCAAUCAGCAAAGGAGUGAUAAUUUCAAAUGUCAUGGAAGGCAACAAACAUCUUCAUUACAACAUGUCAAAGAAAGAACUGGACCAACCGCUCUACAUUUGGCUGCCCAAUGUGGUUCUCUAGAAGCACUUCUAUGCCUCCUUGCACUACAGGUCAAUUACAAGAUUACAGACAACAGAGGGUGGACUGCAGUGCACUUUGCUGCAUUUCAUGACAAUGUUGGCUGUAUCAGAGCUCUCCUCAGAAAAGAUCCCACUCUGCUGGAAAUGGAAACAAUACCAGACUGUCAGACACCACUACUGCUUGCUGCCACAUCUGGGGCACUUGAUUCCAUCCAGUAUUUUAUGUCUGUUGGUGCUAACUGGAGGAAAACAGAUGGCAAUGGAAACAAUAUGGUAACCUUAGCAACUCUGAAUAUCCACUCUGAAAUUCUCAAGUACCUUAUAGAACUACAUCUCCCAGAACUACCAGUAUGGAACCUACUAGUAGAGAUGCUUAUCUGUGAUGAUGGUCAAAAGAAAGAAAUGGCAGUGAGAUGCAUGGAGAUUCUCUGUCUGGCCAAAACGUCAUACUGGAAGAAUAUAUUGGAUGCAGGUGGAAUCCCUGCUUUGGUGGAGCUGCUGGGAUGUCCAGAUAUAAACUUGCAGUGCAUAUCCUCUGCAGUGCUUUGCAAUAUCUCACAGGAACCCCUUGUGUCCAGGACUCUCUCAGCUGUUGGUGCAAUCCCAGUAGUCAUACAGCUGCUGCACUCAGAACAAGCUGAACUGCAUUCUCGCUGCUCUCUGAUCCUUGCUGAUAUGGCUCGCAUUGACAACAAUCAAAAUGUCAUCACAGAACUUGGUGGCAUCCCACCUUUAGUGAAGCUUUUACACACUAACAUCGAGGAUGUACUAGUGAAUGUUGUCAACUGCAUCCAAGUGCUGUGUGCGAACAACCUGGCAAACAGGAGUUUGUUUCAAAAAGAAGGAGCAAUUCCACCACUUAUUCAGCUACUGUCUAUCAAAUCAGAUGUUCUUCAGACGGCAGCAGCAGCAGCACUUGCAGAACUGGCUCGUGAUCAUAAAGAGAACCAAGUUGCAAUUGCCACUGGGGGGGCAAUCAACUCUCUUGUCAAUAUUGUAUCUGGCAGAAAACUUAGUGUGCAGGUGAAGGCUGCCUUAGCUAUUGGAGUGCUAGCUGAUGGUAGUCCUAACAUACAGGAACAUUUCCUGUCAACUCAUGUUGUGAAACAUCUUCUCAAACUUUUAAAGAUAUUCCAGCUGGAUGUCAAAGAACAGGGAGCAGUAACUUUGUGGACACUAGCAGGUGCCACAAUAAAGCAGCAAAAGCUGAUGGCAGAGCAGAUUGGUUACUACUUCAUUUUUGACAUGCUGCUGUCAUCAUCCGACAAAAUGCAGUAUGUCGGAUGUCAGGCGAUUCUCGCACUUGGCCAAGAAAGCAAAGUCAAUCAAGAUGAAAUUUGUAAAGAAAAUGGGGUGCAUCUUUUGGUUCGCUUAUUACGCAGUUUGAAAACAACAGAACGAACACUUCUAAGUGUAAUUACAGCACUAGGGACCCUUUGCAUAGGUGUAGCCCACACCAACAACCCUAACAGUCAACAGAAAAUUGUUGAAGAACAAGCAUUACCAAUCCUUGUGAAUCUGCUGAAGCAUCACAGCUCUCUUCAGGUCAAGGUUGAAGCAGCAUGUACCCUCGGUUGCAUAGUGCUGGGAAACACCAGCUUGCAAGUUGCCCUAAAGGAAAAAGAAGACUUUAGCUAUACAGAUGUUCUUGAACUUUUGCAAAGUUCAAAUCAGAGCAUCUGUUUACAAGCUGGUUAUGCACUGGCACUGUUUGCUUAUAACAACACUCUGCAGCAGUUCCUGAUACUACAGGCUGGAGGUAUUCAGUUUUCAGCAUUUGAGUCAUUUCUGCAAUCCCCUGUUGAAACUGAGAAGGCCAAGGCUGCAUUCCAGAGUGGACAAGUUGUAUUUGGAGGCUGGGGCUAUGAUGAGGAACCCGUAUUUAAGUUGAGCAAGGAGGAUUCUUUGCCUAUUGCAGCUGUAGCCAGUCUGGAUAAAAGGGGAGAUAUUUCCCAGGUCCAGAAUAAAAGAGAACUGAUCUUUUUCCUGGUGUUUUCAAUGUGGCAAGUUAAGUGA